AUAAUUGAGACUUAGUUGAAAUAAAAAAGCUAAGCGCAAUAUGUUGGCAACUAAGUAAGAUAUGUAAUAUAUAUUUUUCAUAUACAAACUGUAACAUCUAACUAAGCUUGGUAUUAUUGUACUAUGUCGUGAUGUUGUUCCAUUGUUAUUUUUGUUCCACUCGUAUUGAAGUCAAAUAACAUAAUUGACAGAAGUUCAAACGCGUGCAUUCAAUAUUUGUAAACAAAAGUAAAACAUGGUGCGGAAAUUAAAAUAUCACGAACAAAAAUUAUUAAAAAAAGUUGAUUUUAUUUCAUGGAAAGUUGAUAACUAUGGAAAAGAGAAUGCUAUACUUCGUAAAUAUCACAUAAAGAAACGGGAGGAUUACACAAAGUAUAAUAAGUUGUCCAGAGAUGUACGUGAACUUGUAGAAAAAAUUGCUAAGUUAGAUAAAAGUGACCCUUUUAAAAGUGAAGCAGAAGAGAUGCUUAUGAGAAAGCUAUAUAGUAUGGGAGUUGUCAAUUCAACAGAUUUAGAAACGGGGAGUAAAGUUUCGGCUAGCGCAUUUUGUCGUAGGCGAUUACCAGUUGUAAUGGUGAAAACUAAGAUGUCGGAGUAUAUAAAAGGCGCUACAGAUCUCAUUGAACAGGGACAUGUCCGCGUUGGUACCGAAAUGAUAAAAGAUCCUGCAUUUUUGGUUUCAAGAAAUUUAGAAGAUUUCAUCACAUGGGUAGAUGGCUCGAAAAUAAAACAACACAUAAUGAAAUAUAAUAAUAUGCAGGAUGAUUUCGAAUUAUAAAUCAUAAACUGUUUAGAAUUACCUAAUUUUAGUUCGUUAUCAAUGUAAUAAAUUGAAAUUUUGUAUAAUAAAAUAAUAUAUCUAGAUUA